UGUGACCGCAGGACUGGGGCUUCAGGAACCAAAGGGCUUUCUGCAAUACUCGUGGUGGGACUGUGAGACUUGGUUCUUGGUUCUAAUCUAGGAAGUCUUGACUUUAGUCUAAGAAGAUAAAUAUUUGCAGGCUUUAAAGGUCUGUCAUUUUAAACCUCUCUAUUUGCUUAUGGAAAGAUUGAAAAUACAUAUAUAAUGUUAGUAUUUUUAUUUGUGCAGAACUCUACAAUGUGGACACAGCCCAUCUUAGUUGAAAGAAGAUUAACAAAGACAUUGCAGGAUACUACAAGGCUGCAAACCUCAGGACUUCUUCCCAUGUGCUUUUUCCAUCGCAUUAUAACUCGCAUCAAAGGAUAAACAAAAUAUGUUCUUCAGUUUCCAUGUUCAACAUGCAUAAAUAGAUGCAUGAGAAUUAAUGACAGUCCUGGAAGUUACUCUCAACGUUUUAACACUUGAUUGAAUUGGCAAAAUGCCUACCUCCACUCCAGAGGUGUGGAACUACAUCCCAGAAGAAAUCCUCGUGCAGAUUUUCUAUUAUCUUCCUCUUCGAGACAGAUACUCAGUCUUCCAGGUGUGCAGACAAUGGGCCGCAGCAGUUUCCUCCAGCUCUGUCUGGCAUUUCACAGAGAUCAGCUGUGAUUCGGAGGAUGAGGAGGACAUGCUGCAGAGCCUCCUGCAGUUCCUCAGCCAAAUCAGGCACCUGAAGAUCGUGUUUGACCAGUCCAAGGAGGUCAACCGCAAGAACGUCAAGCGCAUCUUAGAUGUGUUGGCCAAACAGAGCCACCGUCUGCAGCAGCUGUGCGUUGUGUGCCAUGGGGAGAACCCCUACUUCUACUCCGGCCAAGACAUCCUGCAGAGCAUACGCAACAUGUGCAGCACCAAGAACCAGACAGAUCUUCGGCACGUGGAUUUUCGAGAAAUGCCCUUUACUCUUGACGAUGAACUUGUGGAGCUCUUGGCCACCGCCAACCCCAACUUGAGCAGUUUGUUCAUCAACAACCGCACCCUGGUGUGCAACGUGGUGCCAGAGACCAUCAGGAAAGUUCUCAGAGCAUGUCCUAAGCUCUCGACCCUGGGGGUUUACUAUGCCAGCUUGUCUGAAGAUGUUUUCCUGGAACUCAUCAAGCCUGAGAGAGCUCCUUUGACCAAGCUGGACAUUUUCUGUGAGCGCCUGGACAAAUAUAUCCCGGUUAUCUCAGAAGAGCUCUGGGCUGCACUAACUCAAAAGCAUCCUCAGCUCUGCGUAGACCUAGAGCUUGAUCAUACGGUCCCUGCCUUGAAAAUCCCCCAGAUCCUCAAGCCAAAUAUACCUGUGAGCACCCUGCAGCUUAACACCUGUACUUACAUGGUGAGCCAGGUUAGGUUUGUCACCCAGAGCUACAGCAGCACCUUAAAGAAGCUGACCCUCCAAACCACAUCCUCGGAGGAGCUAAACGCCUCGCUGCUGGAGCUGGCUGGCGCGUGCAGAGACCUCCUGGAGAUCCACUGCUACUGCGUGGUCAGCCCGGAGGUGGUGGCCGCCUUCCUGAGCCUGUGCCCCGCGCUGAGGAGCUACACGCUGAAGGUCUCCAAGGAGCGGCACCCCUGGCGGGCCGUGCGAGCGCGGUGACGGGUCCCUCCCGGCAGCAACGCGACGGGAGACCUCGAGCUGCA